GCUCUGGUCGAUAACGAAAUGUGCUAAAUAGUUUUGCAUGCGAAGUGAUAAAUUAGUCGCUGGUAUUGUGAUUGCAAACUGUGGCUAGUCACUGUUCAUAAUGCUGUGCGGUCGGUAUCGGAAUGGAAAACUGCUGUUGUUGAGUUUCGUACUUCUACUGGCACUAUGCACCUACGUAUAUAAAAGGCACGGUAAGCCCACAAAGUCCCAUUACAAUGUAAUGGUAUGGUGGAGCCCGUAUGAGAAACAACUGGAUUAUCACAGGAAAUGUGGGGACGUAGAAUGUCGUUUUACAAGCGAUCGAAAAGCACAAAGGGACCUUUUUUUCUCUGGAUAUCUGUUUCACGGAAGAAAAAUUUCGAUUCAUGAUAUGCCAGAAAAACGCAAAAUCGACCAGUACUGGGGAUUGUACCACGAUGCGUCUCCUAAAAAUGCACCAUUUCUUCUGCACGGAUUGGACAUAUUCAACUUGUCAUCAACAUUUAGCCGACAUAGUACAGUUCCGCUUACAUUGCAAUCGUUUACAACCCUGGAAGAGCUGAUAAACUACAAAAAUAUGUACACUUUUGGGCUGAAAACGAGCUUCCAGAAGAAAAUGAAACUUGCUCCUGUUUUGUACAUGCAGUCCCACUGCGAUACAUUAACUGGUCGAGAAUUGUAUGUCAAAGAGUUAGGAAAGCAUAUAGCAAUCGAUUCGUACGGUAAUUGUUUAAAGAACAAAACAUUUCCGGAUGGAAUCACAAACGAUUCAAUGGAUAUUAAUGAUGUGCAGAAUUUCUAUGAUUUUGUAUCCAAGUACAAAUUUAUCAUUGUAUAUCAGGAUAUGAUAUGCGAAGAUUACAUUGCUGAUAAGUUUUGGAAAUCAUUGAGCUUGGGAAUUGUACCUAUCUAUUUCGGGGCACCCAACAUAAGGAACUAUCUACCCAACCCGAACUCCGCCAUUUUGAUUGAUGAUUUUGCUACUCCUUCAGAUCUGGCGCAAUUCAUAUUACAAGCAUCAAAUAAUGAAGAUCUUUACACAAGCUUCCUGUAUCACAAAACAUUGGACGUUUAUCCUAUAUCUAAUCAACUGUUAGUCAACGCAAUCUUCAAGGAAGACAUAUUUUAUUUAGAGGACAGAAAAACGCGAGGAAUAGCGGAAUUCGAAUGCACUGCCUGUGUGCAAAGUUUCCAUCAGGAAAAGCAGCAAUCUCAACAAAAUGAGCUUUCGUGUGAACUUCCGUUCUUUCCACCAGGCAAUUUUACUUGGAAGGCUCUUCCAAGGAUUCGAAAAUUUCUUGAGAGAGCCCGCAUGGAAGCAGCUAUUAUGCACAAAAUGGCUGGAGUUAGUGAGACAUAGCAAACCAUACGGAGUAUAAUAAGUUAAUCGCGUCCUUCAAAUCCUAGACUCCUUUGCUUCCCAUGGUUACUCUAGAGUCUAGAGAGAGAACCAUCGAUUUUAGACGAACUCAAGACAAACGGAAUUAGAUGAACUUGAUUCAAUAACUUCCAGAAUAUGAUAGUAAUCUCACCAAGUAAACCUAAAUGCUAACAGCUUGAUUCAAUUAUGGAACUAUACAUAAGCAAUAAAAAACCUCUUGUUUUUCAAGUUUUUUUUUCGUUGAUUAAAAAAAUGGCUAAUUUGCAUUUUUCAAGCACUUUCUUCGGAAACGGCUUAUUGGCAUAGAAAUAGUUGUUUAAAAGUCGUGGGAAAGAAAGGGUUAAGCCAAUAAACAUGCCAAAGAUGAAUGAUAACAAAUAUAUGCAAAAUCCAAGUAAUAUACCUAUA